AGCACACCUAGUUAAAGUAACACAUUUCAGAUACAAGUUUUUGUCCCACAAGCUCCACCCACACUUGCCCCAGGCAAAGAGGGCAAUCCUUGAUUCUCAAAGAGAUAGUAAUCAAGAUGGACAAAAAGUCCUUUGAAACGGUGCUGGAUGAAAUUAGAAAGGCUGUUUUGACGGAGUACAAGUUAAAAGCAAUCGAAUAUGUGCAUGGAUAUUUUUCUAGUGAACAGGUGGUUGAUUUAUUGAGAUAUUUCUCCUGGGCUGAGCCUCAGUUGAAGGCAAUGAAGGCAUUACAGCAUAAAAUGGUGGCUGUUCACCCAGCAGAAGUGGUCAAUAUACUCAAUUGUUUCACCUUCAGUAAAGACAAACUAGUUGCUCUUGAACUGUUAGCUUCAAACAUUGUUGACGCCCAGAAUGCUCGUCCCAUUGAAGAUUUAUUCAGGAUCAAUAUGUCUGAGAAGAAACGAUGCAAGAGAGUACUUGAACAGGCUUUCAAGGGGGGCUGCAAAGCUCCUCAUGCUAUGAUCUCUUCUUGUGGAACAAUCCCAGGAAAUCCAUAUCCCAAAGGAAGACCUAGUCGCAUAAAUGGAAUUUUCCCAGGAACCCCUUUGAAAAAAGAUGGUGAAGAAUGUACUAAUGAAGGCAAAGGAAUAGCUGCACGGAUUCUUGGACCAUCCAAACCACCUCCUUCAACGUACAAUCCACAUAAACCUGUUCCUUAUCCAAUACCUCCAUGCCGGCCACAUGCAGCUAUUGCACCAAGUGCUUAUAACAAUGCAGGUCUGGUACCGUUGGCCAGUGUCAUAGCUCCAGGUGUGCCCCCUCCACCUCCAUAUACUCCUAAUCCAGUAGGAACAGAAAAUGAAGACCUUUCCAGUCAGUCAAAAUCUACACAGAAUCAAACAUUUUCUACACCAGCCAGUCAACUCUUUUCUCCUCAUGGUUCUAACCCUUCAACACCUGCUGCAACUCCCGUCCCCACUGCAUCCCCGGUCAAGGCAGUAAAUCUCCCCUCAGCAUCAGCAACCGCCACCAUUUCUGGGAUGAACAUGCCGAAUACUGUCCUUCCUGUGUUCCCAGGGCAGGUCUCCGCAGCCGUUCACGCACCACAGCCAUCAACGCCAAAUCCAACAGUUAUCAGGACCCCUUCGCUGCCUGCUGCACCUGUCACUUCUGUCCACAGUACAACGUCUGCUCCUGUUCCUUCAGUUUUUUCUGGGCUAGUUGCACUGCCAGGUCCUUCUGCUGCUCCUGUCCCAGCCCCUCAGGCCACACCCACACCUCAGGCCACUCCUGCUUCCAGUGAAAUAUUUGCCUCUACUUCUGCCCCCUUCACUAGCCUCCCUUUCUCUGCCACCUCUACUGCUGCUUCUACCAACAACCCAAGUUCUGCUUCAUUGUCCUCAGUCUUUGCAGGGCUCCCCUUGCCCUUAACACCAACAUCCCAAGGCGUAUCCAACCCAACUCCUUCUGUAAUUGCCGGUGGUUCUGCUCCUGGUGUUGCUUGUCCACUUGGUGUAAAUAAUCCUCUUCUGUCUGCUUUAAAGGGCUUUCUGACGUCAAAUGAUACCAAUUUAAUCAACCCUUCUGCUUUAUCUUCUGCCGUUACAAGUGGGCUGGCUUCUCUGUCUUCUCUUACUAAUCAGAACUCUGAUUCUCCUGCUUUAGCUGUUAACAAGUGCUAUGCCCCAUCAGCCAUUCCCGCCCCACAGAGGUCUUCCACUCCAGGGUUGGCCAUGUUCCCAGGCCUGCCAUCUCCUGUGGCUAAUUCAACCUCCACUCCCUCUACUUUGCCUGUGCAGUCUCCUCUAGCUACUCCUACAUCAUCUUCGACUUCAGUGCCAGUUAGCUGUGGUUCCUCAGCUACCCUUUUGCAUGGCCCCCACCCAAGUAACUCAGACCUUCACAUUUCAUCUGCCCCUACUGUAACAACUCUUUCUGUUAUGAUCAAAACUGAGCCCACGAGUCCUACUCCCUCAGCCUUCAAAGGCCCAUCUCAUUUCGUGAAUCCCUCUCAUGGCACUUUAGGUUUAUCAGGGACAUUGGGUCGUGCAUAUACUUCAGCAUCAGUGCCCAUCAGUCUAUCUACUUGCCUUAAUCCUGCAUUAUCAGGUCUCUCCAGUUUGAGUACUCCCUUGAAUGUUUCAAACCCCCUCUCCUCUAUCUCCCUUCCUCCACAUGGUUCCUCCACUCCCAUCACUCCAGUAUUCACUGCUCUUCCUCCUUUCACUUCUUUGACCAAUAAUUUCCCUUUAACUGGCAACCCGACUCUUAAUCCGUCAGUAUCUCUUCCAGGAUCGUUAAUAGCCACCUCAUCUGCAGCUGUCACCUCCGCGUCUGUCCCUCAUCCUAGUUCGACAGCGGCCGUUCUCUCAGGGCUUUCUGCCUCAGCACCCGUCUCAGCAGCGCCUUUCCCCCUCAACCUGUCCACUGCUGUCCCCUCACUUUUUUCAGUUACUCAAGGACCUCUGCUGUCUUCAAAUCCCUCCUACCCUGGCUUCUCUGUCGCUAACACCCCUGGCGUCACCCCUGCUCUCCCUUCGUUCCCGGGGCUGCAGGCGCCAUCUACAGUGGCAGCCGUCACACCACUUCCCGUUGCUGCCACAGCCCCAUCACCAGCUCCCGUCCUCCCAGGAUUCGCUUCAGCAUUUAGUUCCAACUUCAACUCUGCCCUUGUUGCACAAGCCGGCUUAUCAUCGGGACUUCAAGCUGCAGGCAGUUCUGUUUUUCCAGGCCUUUUGUCCCUCCCGGGUAUCCCCGGGUUUUCCCAGAAUCCUUCACAGUCAUCCCUGCAGGAAUUACAGCAUAAUGCAGCUGCACAGUCAGCACUGCUACAGCAGGUUCACUCAACUUCGGCUCUGGACAGCUAUCCAGCUCAGCCGGAUGGAUUUCCUAGUUAUCCUUCAACACCAGGAACACCAUUUUCUUUGCAAACAGGCCUGUCCCAAAGUGGGUGGCAGUGAAUAUAUUUUAAUUUGUAUUCUCUUUUGGAGCAACAUCACAAUUGCCUAAGGACUGCAGUGAACGGUCUGACAAAUGUGAAGUUGACCAGAAGUCAGAAAAUGAGAAUGAGGGUGAUCCUAGGAAAACGGGGAUAAGAGUUUAAAAAACAUGGUUGCAUUUUUUUAAAUGGUUUUAAAUAAGAACACUCCCCUAUGUAAAUAUACUGACAAUACAUUAUAUGGGGAAUAGUAUUAAAAAACUAUUUGGGGACUUUUCACCUCUCACCCAAUGAAAUUUUGAGUCGUGUCUGUAAUCUAUGUAGGAAGAAUACUAAAGAGGAGGUUGAACUCUUUAUAGCCGAAUACAGCCUUAAAUCUGCUCGUACAGCAUCCACUGACGGAAGUAAUAGUUGUGCCUCUGACUUACGGGUUGCGUGUGGCCCUUGGCGUGCAUGAGUGGUUCCUGUUGCAUCAUGGGAACUCUGUACUCCAUGUGUAUCCACAGACAGGAACUGGAGACCCACCAUUAUCUUUCAUUUCUGACAUUAAUGAUCAUACAUAUACUGCUGAAUUUAACUCAAUAUAUUUCAGGUAAGUGAAAAUGGUGCUUAAUAUAGUCUUUAGAGUGACUUUCAGGUGUUUUCGACUAAAAAUACAUAUCCAGAACUACUGUCUUAACAGAAAUACAAGUAAGGCUUGUGAUAAUUUGCCUUCAAAACUUUUUUCUUAAUCUCAGCAGUAUCCAAAUGAGUGAGGAACAUCUGACUGACUCUUGGGCCACCUCUAUUACUCAUUGUACUCUGGAAGCUCUUGGUGAAUGUUUACAAUCAUGGGAUGUAGUAUUUUUAUUUGUACUUAAAGUCAAAUGCUUAUCUAAAAUAAUUAUGUGAGAACAAAUAGAGAAGACUUGCUCUGUUAGUAGAUAAUGCAGCCUGUACUCUAAGGAUCUGUGGUAGUUUAACAUGAUUGAAUGUCAUUAAUUUAAGUAUAGUAACUGCCACAUUGGGGGGAACGGGGGCGUAGGGAGAAUGAUUUCCAAUCCUGUGAUUCCAAGUGUAAACUAUAGAAUCUACUGUAGUACAUUUCAGCAUCUAGAAGUUUUACUUUUAUAAAGAUGGUGUCUGGAAGAUGUUGCUAAUGUAUCUUCCUUCAACAUGGGGGACAAACUUUUUAAGUAUAUUAAUAAAUAUUCCUGUAUGGUUAGUUUUUAACAGUUUUUUAAAAUAAACUUUAUGGAUAUGACAAAUAUUUUAUAAGUGUUUUAUUAAAUACUUGGAUAGGCUUUUUAAUUUUUUGUAUGUGCUUGAGGUAUAGAACAU